AUGCGUCGAAGCAGAGAUGAGGCAGAGGAGGACGCGUACAUCGCGUAUCUAGAGUCGAAACUAGGGUACAGCAAGGGGGGGAAGAGGAAGAAAUCAAACGUGGGUGAUGGGUUGGACGACCUCUUUGAUUUAACCGAAUCAGUUGGGCUUGCCGACGGCGGGGGCUCUGAAGAGGAGGAGGGCCAGAGUCCGGACGACAGCGACGUCGAGUACGAAGAAUGGGGCGGUGUUGAACUCGAAUCCCCUCCCCUACAGGUAGCGAGUUCAUCGACACCUGUGACCACCAAUGCAUCACCAGCUAAGGGGAAAUAUGUUCCUCCUCACCUUCGCAACGCGCCAGCCCCAGUGGAUGAUCAACCAUCGGAAGCACAAUUGAGGUUGCGAAAACAGUUGAAAGGUCUGCUCAAUCGCGUGAGUGAGCAGAAUAUGACCUCAAUUCUCGAUACCAUAGAAGGGAUUUACCGAGAUCACCGGCGCAAUGAUGUCACCUGUACGAUAACGAACUUGAUCAUCCACGGCAUCACGGACCACUCCUCCCUCCUCGACUCCUUCGUUGUACUUUACGCUACUCUCGUUUCUGCCCUUCACAAAAUUAUUGGUAUCGAAUUUGCGGCGUACUUCGUCCAGGAUACCGUUGCAUCGUACGAGAAGCACUACACCGCCGCUUCCACCCAGCUCUCUCAUCCGCCGGCGCCCGACGCUCAAAAGCCCGAGGAAGAGGCAGGGAAGGAAUGUCAGAACCUCAUCAUCCUGAUAUCCGAGCUGUACAACUUCCAAGUAAUAUCCUGUGUGCUUAUAUACGACUUGAUUCGGGCGUUGUUGAGCCAAGACGUCACCGAGUUGAAUGUCGAGCUACUGCUGAAGAUCCUGCGCAGUUCGGGGCAACAACUGCGCCACGACGAUCCAUCGGCCUUGAAAGAUAUCAUCGACAUCGUACAAAACAAACUAACUGCAAAGGGUGAGACGUUGAGUUCUCGCGCACAGUUCAUGAUCGAGACUCUCACGAACCUCAAGAACAACAAACUCAAGCGAAACGCCACGCAAAACCAAGGCGGGGAUGCCGUCGAGCGGAUGAAGAAAUUUCUCUCGGGGCUAAGCAAGAAAAGACACGUCCUCGCGCACGAACCCCUCCGCGUUUCGCUGGACGACCUCCACUCCGCCGAGAACAAGGGCAAAUGGUGGCUCGUCGGCGCAGCUUGGCGAGGCGACCCCCUCGUCGACCAGCAGAACGAACCCAAGCCAGCAGACAGUCAGCCUGACUCAAUGUCCGAGAGCGCCUUGAUGAAGCUCGCGCGGCAACAAGGCAUGAAUACUGAUAUACGGCGGAGCAUCUUCGUCGUUCUGAUGAGCAGUGAAGACUACGUCGAUGCGUGCGAGCGGCUUUCGCAGCUCAACCUUAGCGAGGUGCAGCAACGAGAGAUCGUGCGCGUCCUGCUCCACUGUUGUGGAAACGAAAAGUCGUAUAACCCGUAUUACACCCUCGUGGGGCAACAGCUCUGCCGCGUCUCCCACUCUCACAAAAUCACGAUUCAGUUCUGCUUGUGGGAUUUCCUUCGCGAUCUGGGGGAGACGACGGUGGGCGGCGCCGAGGUGAUCAAGAAUGCGGGUGCGAGGGAGGACUUCGGGACGUCAGAUGGGACGAAGAUCGCAACUUCCAGGCUUAAGAACGUGGCAAAAGCGUAUGGUUGGUGGAUAGCGAAGGAUUCUGUCGGUUUGGCGAUUCUCAAGCCCGUGGACUUCACGAUCCUCAAGCCACCCGCCCGGGCUUUCCUCAAGGAGCUCUUCACUCAAGUAUUCAUCUUCAGCCAGACGUCCAAACCUCUGCUCGCUGAAGGAACCAAAAGCCUCCCUACGACCCGUAACCGAGGGUCAUUGGAAGAAAUCUUCCUGAAAGGCUCGCGAAACGAGACCUUGGCAAUGGGGAUUGUAUAUUUCCUUUCGGAAGCAUUUCGGAAGCAAAACAAAGGCAGCAGGGAAUCAAAAGUAGAUGAUUUUACAUUAUGGGCUACAGGUGUUGCGCGGGAGACGUUGCGCACUGGUGUCGACGUAGUCCUGGACCUGAAGCAAUAA